AUGCUGGUGAUGCUGUCAGGCAGAGGAGCCACUGUGGACGAGAGUCCGAGCAGUGAGAUAGGUGACUUGAGCAACCAGGAACCAGUCUCCAUUUCCGUUUGGGCAUCGGGUCUCAUGGCAUGUGGAAAGACAUCACUUCUCCGGGACCCGCGCCUGGAAGCACCAGAUGACAUCAUCCAUCGCCUUGCCCAGCUGGCUGUGAGCUGCACUGCCAUGCGCGCUUUCUCCCGCCCCUCCAUGUCCCGCGUGGCCCAAGACUUGGAGGCGGUGAGAGGGGAGGCGGGAGGGUGGGAUGUGAGAGCAAGCGCUGCAGCAAGGGUGGAUGAGCUGCUGGAGAGUCAGCGCCCUGUGAGGAGCAUGGAAGAGGAUCUGGCCUUCUUGGAUCAACACUAG